CAAGUGAUGUCACGCCGUUCAUGAUAAUGACUAGAAUCCAAUAUGGCGGAGUGAGCUAGCUAGUGUGUGCCAGUCGCUAUAGUUUUGGAUGGAUUUAAGUAGUGAAAUAUGCCCAGGAGAAGAAAUGGUGAAAUACCUUUGCCCGAGGGAUGGGAUUUCGCACGCGAUUACGAUGGAAAAGUGUAUUUUAUCGAUCAUAACAGCAAGAAAACUACAUGGAUCGACCCCAGAGACAGGUUUACAAAGCCUUCAUCGUUCGCGGACUGUAUCGGCAACGAAUUGCCUCUCGGCUGGGAAGAGGCCUUCGACCCACAUAUCGGCGUCUACUAUAUCAACCACGUUAACCAGUGCACCCAGUUGGAAGACCCCCGCCUGGAAUGGAGGAAAAUUCAAGAGGAAAUGCUCAAGGAAUAUCUACACACGGCUCAAGAUGUCCUAGAUGCGAAGAAAGAAAUCUACGACAUCAAGCAGCAGAGGUUACACCUGGCUGAAGAUGAGUACAAUCACCUAAACAAUGCCCUUAGUACACUCAACACGUCUAGAACUAGUUUAUGUUCUAGUUCGAGCAGUGUGAGCACAAAGUACGACCCCGACCUGUUGAAGUCAGACGUGGCUCUGGCGAGGAACCGGGUGUCCAGGCUCAAAAGGGAGUUGGAGCAGAUCAAGGCUGAGAUGUCCUGUACGCAGAGAGGCGUCGAAACACUCACAUCAGUGGAACAGAAACUGGGCAGUUCGGCGCAAGGCGGCUGCUACAACAUUAGCGAGGCGCAGGCGAUCGUCGCCGAACUGCGCGAGAUCCAGCGAUCGCUGAGUUCGGGCGAACAGGAGCGCAGUGAACUGAUGCGAUCGCUGGCCAAGCUUAAGGACGACCUCACAAGGCUGCAGCUGAGCGAGAGUUCGCCCGACGUGUCGACUCUGUCGCUCGCAAACGGUGCGGCGAACGAUAAACUGAGUACGGCGUCGCAGACCGAUCUGUCGGGCGAACUGGUGCCGAUGGGGACGCGGCUGGCCGAGAUGGCUAGGAUGAGGUUGGAAUACGACGAGGCGCGUAAACGCAUGAAGUGGAUCAAACAGCAGUUGGCCGACCUGGAAGAGAAGGUGGUGCCUGGUCAGGCUGAGUCAGACAAGGACAGACUGCUGCUCUUCCAGGAGAAGGAACAGCUGUUGCGGGAGUUGAGGAGCAUCACACCGAGGACGCGCUCCAACCACGAGAUGUCCAGGAUACAGGGUGAAAUCAAGAAACUAGAGCAAGACCUAAACCAGGCAAUGGAGCUUUCGAACCGCGCAAUCGCCGACCGACUUCGGCUGCACGAGGAGAAGCAACUGUUGCUCGCCCAACUGGUCGACGCGCUCAGGUCGAUGACUUCGCUCGAGUCGCGACUGCGAACUCUGUCGGCCAGUACGCUGUCGGUCAGUUCGUCAUCGUCGCUUGGAAGUUUGUCGUCGGCCACCUCCAGCAAGGGGUCGCUCAGUUCGGGCCUGAGUUUCACCGAUAUCUAUGGUGGUCCGACGCAGCAGUGUGUGUCCAACGUGCAGGAACGACCAGUGGACAUGGUAGAUCUGCACCGACGCGUCGAACGUCUGUUACGAGGCAGUGGGGGGGCUGGUCCAGAACACCCCCCACCCCCGGCCUACGAGUCGGCCCCUCUGUCACCCAUUUCGGAAACAGCCCCUCUGCCGCCACUGGCACCCGUUACGCCGCCUCUGCUGCCCCCAGUCACGCCCCCGCUGCCGGUUAGCGCGGCCGUGUCGGACGAGUCGGUGGCCGGUGAUUCGGGCGUUUUCGAGGCGGCCUCCAGUCAGGCAGUCGAAACUGCGCAGGUUCAGAUCAAGCUCAGGUAUUCAGUUGGCGACAGUAUGCUGCAUAUUGGCAUUGAAAGAGCGCGCAAUCUUUCGGCUCUAUUCAUACCAGAUCUAUGUCAAGUGUAUAUAAAGGCGGCAUUGUUGCCCAGUGGACCCACGUCGGUUCUGACGUGUUGCACGAAACCCAUCUCCGACCUCACCAAACCCAGGUUCGGAGAGACCUUCCCCCUUUCUGUGCCUCUCAGCAAACUCUGCACGAAAACCCUCCAAGUCAACGUGUGGAGUUUGGAUCCUGAAGCUCAUACUGAAUGCUUGGGCUGUGCCCAAGUAAGCCUUGCCGACUUUUCGCCUGACACAACGUGCGUCAAGUGGUACAACAUUCUGAGUUUCCGGUUCAUGCAGGCGCCACCCAUGCCCCCUGUUAUGGGGGCCACCUUGCCCCCAGUAGGGGCAAAUGUGGCCCCUGUAGGUGGGGCCUCCUUGCCCCCUGUAGGGGCCACCAUGCCCCAGCAGCGGCCCCUCCAACCGCACAAGGAAGAGAGCUCUGAUGAGUCAACGAUUAUUUCGUCGCAGACCUCUACGCUCACAAGGAAUCAAGGCUGCGAAGGAGCAAUUCCUCCCGGUACGAUAAGUCUGAGGCUGGAGGAGCUAGCAAGUGAGGAUGAGGAUAAUGAGGAAGAUUAUGAGGAUGAGGAGGAGGAAGAUGAGGAGGACGACGAUGAAGAGGAUGAUGAGGAGGAUGAGGAAGAUGAGGAGGAAGGAAUCGAGGUGUAUUGUCCUGACGAGCUGGAACAAGUUCUUGAAAUGCCUGAUGAAGAGAAAGAGCCCUGCACUGAAGACAAGGAGACGAAUACAGAGUGUGUGUUUGGAGCGGGAGGUGGAUCCAAACCCAAUCAGCCGAAUCAGCAGCCAACGAUUGUCAUCAAGCGGUCGCAGACCUUCUCGCCGGUCGCCAAUGCUAACAACCACUAUAUUUGCAGGUUGAACCGUAGUGACAGUGACAGCUCGAUGCCGCUGUACAGGAGACAGGGUGCGACGGGGGGCAGAGGAGGCAGUCACUUCCAGCGCAACUCUGUGGAGAGGCGGUCGCUCAGGUGGAGGCGGGUCGGGGGCAGUGCUAUGGCGUGCCACCCGCAAGCCAGUAUCAGGGCACCCAAGGCGCCCACGAUGACUCAGCGCACCUCACUUGACUUGGAGCUAGACCUCCAGGCGCAGCAUAGCAGACUGCAGGCAUUGCACGACGAGUUGGCAAGGCUGCGCGACCUGAAGGCUCGCCUUGAGGUGGCCAGGGAGAAGGCCGAUCCCGAAGUGGCCGCCUGGGUGCUCGAGGACACGCAUUUCCAGAAUUUGGUCGCUCAGGCUGAUGGAAAGAGCGCCGAUGAUAGGAAAGUGGAAAAGCUGCUGAAGAAAACAUCGAGGGAAAUCUAUAAAUUAAGAAAAACCAAAGCGGGCAAAGGAAAGCCGGAUCUUAUCUCUUUCAAAGAGAAGAUGGCGUUCUUCACGCGAGCCAGUGUAAAUGUGCCUGUGCCUCCUCCUCUCUCCUCCUCCUCGGAGUCUCCCCUCCCCUCCUCAGACAAGGAGAGUCAGAGGUUUGAGUACACAGUUGACAGAACACUCGGCGUCGAAGUGUAGCUAUAUCUGUAUCUAUUAUGUACAUAGACUUUAAUAAUUGUUUAUAAAUAUUGUUAUAUGUAUACGCUGCCAUCCUUACACUGCCUCGAGUCGACAAAAAUGCCGCUGUAUUUUUUUUCAAAUGAAAUUCGAUGAAAUUGAAUGAGUGAAACUUUCAGGAAAUAGGUUUCUCUUUCUUUCAGAAAACAAGAAAACAUUUUGAAUUGAAGAAACUUUCAGAAACAAGUGAUUUCUUUCUUCCAGAAUUGAAGAAACCAUUUGACUUGAUGAAACUUUCUGGAAAAAGGUUUCUAUUUCUUCCAGAAAAGAAGGAAACAUUUAAGAAACUUACUCAACUCUCAAGAAAGUGCAACAGGCUUGAAAAUGACCCCUACUAUUUCUUUAAGAAAAGUUGUUUCUUUUAUUUCAGAAUGAAUCAAGUUUUUCUUUCAUCCAGAAAAGAAGAAAAUAUAUGAAUUGAAGAAACUUACUCAAAAAAUUACCGUUGACAGAAAAAUUUCAUUUCACUUGAAGGUAAGGGCUGUAUCUUUUCUACUUGUGCAAUUUUUUAUCACUGUAUUUUCUCCAUAUAUUCACUUACAUAUUUGUAAAAUUGAGGAAAAAAUAUUCUACCUUAACAUUAGGUAAUCAUUUGAUAAUGCCUUAAUAUAAGGCACCUUCCAAAUACUUGUUAUGUAAAUCUUGUAAUGAUUUAUUAUUGGUUGACUUUACCUAUAUAAUAGGUAUACUAGUAAAGUAAAUAGAUAUUCUAAUGCCUUACAAAUGCCUUGAAAUCAUGUGUUUUGGAAAUAGUUUUGCUAUAAAUAUUUCAAUGGUUUUAUUUUGCCUUGAAAAUAGUUCAGCUAUAAAUCUUUCAAUGGUUUUGUUUAGCCUUAAAAUGAUGUGCCUUUAAAGUAAUUUUGCUAUAAAGCCUUCUAAGAUUUGUCACUAAUUGGCUCUAUCUAAGCAAUAGGUAGAUUAAUAUUGAUGCCUUAGGAAUGCCUUGAUAUUUAUAGCACCUUAUACACAUACUUUUGAUAGUUAAUCUUUUUGACAGCUAUUUAGGCUACUUCAACUCAUAACAAUAUUGAAAAUAGUUUCAUGUAUGCAUUUAAUGUGUGCAAUUGAACAACAAUCUUUUGAAUAUAUAAACAUUUAAAAAUAUUUUUGAAGAUAUUGUUUUCAAUAGUAUUGGAAAUUUAUUUGAAGGAUGAUUUCUCUGUGAUAUUUGUGCCUUUUUGGAAUGAAAGAUUCUCAAUCUUUAUUAAUUUCUAUUUAGUUGAUGACUGUACCAUAAAACGUUUUCUUGAAUUUUAAAGUAAAUCAGAAUUGAUAAAAACUAAAUUCGAUUUUAGGGUUUCGGAAUUUAUUUAGGUACUAUAACAACUGUUGAGUGUACUUUAAAACUUUUUCAUGUAUUUUAAAAUAACCAGAAUUGAUUAAAAAUUAAUUCGGUUUUCAGUUUUUAGUUAUUUAUUCAGGUACUAUAACAACCACUCUAAACAAGAGGGGUUUCGAGCUUCUUACUGAGAAGCAUAUUCUUGUUUACAUUAUUAUUUUGAGAUUCAAGGUUUUAUUUUACAUUUUCAUAUUACAUAAAUCAUAUUAUAAGAGAACCAACAGGUCUAGCCCAAACUGUUCCCUUUCCAAAUUUUUAUAAAUUUUAUAUUAAUUGACUGUACUUCUUCCAUGAUGUAUAUUUUUCCCAAUUACCUUCAAUGGGCUCACUAGCUAUAAAUGAAUGUAUUUGUAUCAAUAUAUUAUUAAUCUCGCCAGUGGAACAUACUAUGUAUUGUUUUAGUUGAGGUUUAUUGGUUUAAUUACUAUAUAUUUUCGAAUGUGCAGCAACAUUGUAGAUAAUAUAGGACAUCUUUUAAUAUGGCUCAGUGAAUAAAAUUGUUAAAUUUUAAUAUUUCUGCUAGUCAUUCAUACAGUUGAAGAAGGCAUGAGAGCUAUUUCAUUUAUAUAUAUUUUUUAAUCUAGAAAAUAAUUUUGUUUUGCAUUUUAGUUGAUGUUGAUUUAAAUAGAAGGAUCAAGUGAUUGUUGUAGGAGUCAUGUGUUCAAAGAUUUAGAUAUUAACAAAUAAUUGUUCAUCUUAGAUUUUUUAAAUUAAUUAUCAACUGUA